CAGCGUUUCUUUUACGCGUUUCCGCCAAUCCCCAGAAAAACACUAUCAAACUCUUUGCUAAAAGAUUAAUAUAUAUCCAUCGUCACCAUCCCUUUCUCACUCGCAAGCAACCCCAACUUUGCUCCCCUCUCCCCUUAUAAAACUCAACACUAGCGGUAACCAUAACCAUAAUUCUACUCUCACUUCUCUCCAUUCCCACCAAAUUCUCACCAACAAGAUCAUCCAAAGCAUUCAAGUCACGCUCUUUACUCCCCUUUGGAUAAGGCCAGUUUGUCACACAACUACCUUUCCGAAGACAUUACACAAGAAAGCCAAACAGACAGUUGAGAGAUAUAUACUUCCGAACCCUACUUAGCAUUACCAUCUCUUCAUUCGAAGAGAAUUUAUUUCUUAGUCUGGGUGAGAGAUCAGGAGGUGGUCGACGACGAUGACGAAGAGCAUGAACCGGCUUGACUCUCGCCGAGAAGCACAAAAGAGGCCGUGGGACGAGAAGGGCUGCCUCUACUUGAGCACCGCCUCUCCUUUGUACCCGCGAGUCACGGGCGGUGCAAGUGCCAUACGUGCACUGCCUCCUCCGGUUCCCAACCACCGGAAGCUCCUAGGGCUGUCGGCCGUCGACGAUGACGUGGCAUCUACCGUCGUCCCUCCGGUCACCGUCGUCCUCGAGGGCCGCUCCAUCUGCCACCGCGUCUACCUCAACAAGCACAGCAGCUACAAGAGCUUGGCGAUGGCCUUGCGGCGCAUGUUCGUUGAUGUGGACGACAAAGAAGAUCACCUUGGUGACAAUGGGACCGACGGGCUCGACCUCUCCAACGCCGUGCCAGGCUACGUGGUAGCCUAUGAAGACAUGGAAGACGACCUUCUCCUCGCCGGCGAUCUUAAUUGGAAGGAUUUUGUCCGAGUGGCUAAGAGAAUUCGGAUAAUCCCGGCAAAGGCAAGCCGCCGGAAGCACAGCCAAGGAGCAUGAGCGCGUGACCGAGAUGCAAUUGGCUUGCACCCCAUUGUAGCCUGUGGAAGUUCGUAUUUCUUUUUAUUUUAUAAUUUUGUUCUCUUUGGUGAUUGCUCUUAUGGAGUAUAUUAUCCGAUGUGAUAUGAUAUAUGAAACGAAGGUUUCCAUUGCAAAAUAAGAGAGGUACAAAGGGACGGUGUCUGCCGCUGUUGCAUGAUUGAGAGGGAUGUGACGGGGUGGGUGCAUGAGUAUUCCAGUUGGUGUGCCGUUUCCAUCCUUCGAUGCUCGAGUCCUUGAGUUUGAAUCAUCCUUUUUUUUCUUUUCUUUUCUUUUCUUUUAUUGGGUGUAUGUCGAGUUGAGUUUGAAUCAUCAGGGCCUAAAGUGGCUGCUUUCCAUCCAAAGCUAAUGAAGCUUAUUAAUUACCUAUAAAUAGAUGUUGAAGA